AUGGCUGGCAAAGAGAUCUCAAUACCCGACUCAGUGAGAUCUAUUUCUGAGAGCAACAGAUUUGGAUCUGAUAUUCGUCUAUCCUCGUCCGGCCAUGACGACGCUCUGAAAGCUCUAGAUGGAUCUGAGGCGGUUACUCUCACCCCGGAGAAGGAACGGAAACUACUUUGGAAAAUUGAUUUACAUCUGAUUCCGAUCUUUUCUUUGCUCUAUGGAUUGCAAUUCUUGGACAAAACAACCAUCUCCUAUGCUGCAGUGAUGGACAUCAUACAGGACACGAACCUGAAGGGUGACAACUUCAAUUGGCUCGGUAUUCUUUUCCCACUUUUCACAGCUAUUUUCGAGGUCAAUUGGCGACAUCUCAUGCAAAAACUUCCAUUGGCCAAAUUUACUGCCUUCAACAUUGUCGUCUGGGGUGGUGUUCUUAUGUUACAUGCUGCCUGCUCAAACUUUGCCGGGCUUACAACAGUAAGAUUUUUACUCGGUAUAUUCGAGGCAUCCAUCUCACCUGCCUUCCUUCUUUUUAUGUCUCAUUGGUGGCGUGUUCGAGAGCAAGCAUUCCGCACAAGUAUCUGGUUCUGCGGGAACGGGGUUGCUCAAAUAGUUGGUUCCGUCUGUUCGUAUGCCAUGGUUCUGGGCAUUGAGAAACAUGGGUACACAGCUCUGGGAGGAUGGCAAUUGCUGUUCCUCUCAACUGGGGGUCUUACUGUUAUUUCAGGAAUUCUCUUCUUGUUCCUUGUUCCGGAUUCUCCGGCUAGCGCUUGGUUCCUAAAUAGAGAGGAGAGAGUCAUGGCGAUCGAGAGAUUGAGAGGAAAUAACCAGGGUGUGGGAAGCAAGAAGUUUAAGAAGCAGCAGUUUUUCGAGGCAUUUAGGGACCCGCAAACUUACUACAUUGCUAUCUGGGUCAUCACCUCUACAAUUCCUAACGGUUUCUUGACUAAUUUCAAGAACCUUAUCCUGAAGGGGUUUGGAUUGAGCGCCGAAAAGUCACUUCUCUAUGGCGCACCCAGUGGCGCGGUUCAGGUUGUUUCUUGUCUUAUUUUCGGAUGGCUGGCCAACAAGUACCAAAAUCGCAUGGCUUUCGCCACAGUUGCAAUGUUCAUCUCCCUUAUUGGGUUCGCGUUAGCCGUCGCUCUCCCAAGGAGCAACUUGAAGGGAAACCUAGCUGCUUAUUACAUUAUCAGCGCUGCCCCCGCAGCCUUCAUUUUGCUCGUCAGUUGCAUUUCCAGUAAUGUUGCUGGAUACACUAAAAAGACCACCGUCAGUGCUAUCGUCUUCAUUGCAUAUUGCGCCGGAAAUUUGAUCGGGCCUCACACAGUCGAUCUUAAGGAUGGGCCAAUGUAUGUUAAGGCUAAGACGAUCAGCUUGAUUGCUUGGUGCAUCUCGGGUGCUAUCCUAAUUGCCCUUCGCUUCCACUACACCAGCAGCAACGCCGCCCGUGACAAGAAGAUGCGUGAGUUGGGCGAUAGGUACCGGCACAAGGUGGAUCAGGAAUUUAUGGAUUUGACGGAUAUGGAGUGCGCUCCCCCCAUCCCACCUGCCAAAAUCAUGGAGCACAAAGCUGACAAUUUUUCCUGCAGAAAUUUAGAAUUCCGGUACGCUUACUAA